AUGGCACCGGGGAAGGAUGAUUCGAUGAAAAAGCUGUACAACAACAAAGAUUUCACCAAGACGUAUGCUCAAGGUGCCGAAGUAUUCACCGGCUGGUUCGCCGAACAGCUCGUCAAGGCUGCGAACCUCGAUAGAGUCUCCGAUGAUGAGGAACUUAUUGUCCUCGACCAAGCAUGCGGCACAGGGAUUGUUUCGCAGAAGCUAGCGGAGGGCCUGAGCGACACACAGAAAGUGAAGCUUCAUCUCACAUGCUCGGAUUUCGCAGACUCGAUGAUCGAGUUCGUCGGUCCGCGCAUCGAGACCUUGGGCGUUAAGAGUGCUGAAGCCGUCAAGGCCGACGCCCAGGACACCAAGCUACCAAGCGACAAAUUCACACACGUCCUCCUCAAUUUCGGCCCUAUGGUCUUCUCGGACGGACAAGCUGGUUGCCGCGAACUGCUGCGUGUGCUCAAGCCAGGCGGCACCCUAGCCAUGUCCUCGUGGAAACAAGUCGGCUGGAUUGACGACGUCCAAGCCGCAAUCGCCACUGACCCAGAGAUCCCCGCUUUCCCUACCCAUGACGAGUUUCGCAAGCUGAUGAAUACAGGGGGGGUGUGGGACCGGCCAGCAUGGAUCAAAGACACCGUCACGCAGGCUGGCUUCGUUGACGUGGACAUCAAGGAAGUCCCUCACACGAGCGUGUUGGACACUGUCGAGGAGUUUGCGCGCAUGAUGGUUGGAAUGGUGGGUCUCGUCCAGUCGAGGAUCUGGACGCAAGAGCAGCGCGAGAAGUUCAAAGAACGGGCGGACGAAGCCGUCGUCUCGUACAUGAGGCAGAAGUAUCAAGAAGGGGAGAUCAGGUGGGACUGGAUCGCGUUUCUCACCACUGCCAGAAAACCUGCCUGA